UUAAUAUGAAAACAUGUUUUGAAUCGCACAAAUCUUUCCUAAAUAUUUAUUAAUACGUGUAUGUGGAUUUUUUAAACGUAUAAAAGUAACAUGUAUUUCACGGCGGGUGUAUCGUGUGGUUUGGCGGCCGUAAUUCAAAAGUUUGGCGCUAGGCGGCCAGUGUAAAUAUUUGGAAUACCUCGCAUACCAAAGCUCACAGGUUCGACCGAAAUGUCAAAUUCUUUUCACGGGUUUACUGUUUAGUGCGGUGUGAACAUAAAAAACUACAAAUUGGGUUUUAACGUGUCUUCGCUAUAGUUUUUGUUAUUUCUAAAGUUUCCUUUGGGUAGAAGUGUUUAUAAACUUACAGAUUCGGUGGUGAAAAAUAUGAUAACGUCACUUCCUGCUGUGGAAAACUGCCGCAGAUCCACCCUGGAUACACCUGAAGAAUCACCAUUAGAGGUUUUAUCCAGAGCAGCUACAAUGGUUCGGCAAGAAAGCCAACAAGUUACUUCAGAUGAAACAAACAAACAACAGAAACAAACUACUAAGUGGAAGAGAGAUAGGAGGCGGCUACCAGAAUAUUCCAGAAAGUCAGACCCGAAAGUUCCUGAAACUCUUGGAGUAGAACCUUCUAGUCCUGAGGCCAGUGUUUCUAAUGGGAGUAGUCCCAGAUAUAUAAAUGAAAUCCAAUUAAAAAGAGAGCAGCAAGAUUCGACGUCGCAUUACGAAACUGACACUCCUCUAGAUAUGACGGUACGGAAUCGCGGUUCUCCCCCUUCAUACGAUCAGACAAUAAACAACCCCGGCUAUAGAUCAAAUUUCCACUACCGCCCCACUGUCAUACACAAUGGGGUGCCGCCCGUAUCGUUGCAUCAGGCUAAUAAUAGGGAUGAGCUGCCUUCAGGCAUUUCGAUGUGUGAUCCAGUUAUAGAAGAACAUUUCCGUAGAUCGCUGGGUCAAGAUUAUCACACUAUAUUUCCAAGCAAAGAAAAAGACACUCCAACCAAACCAGCACCAAAAGUUGCAACCAACCAGGUCAUCGAAUUCAUGGGUGAAUCAGGCCUAAGUGUGGACGAUCACUUUGCAAAAGCUUUAGGCGAUACAUGGAAACAAUUAAAUAAUAAGAAGGAAGAAAUAAAAAACCGAGAAAGUGAAACCAACUUAGUGACAGCAAAAAAUUGAUGUACAAUAUUGUUAAACAAGAAUGAAUUUCAUUAAAAAUAUAAUACUAUAUUCCUCAUUGUUAGUCAUAUAUUUAAAAUUAGAAGUAUUAGAGUAAGUAUGCUACUCUAAAAUUA